AUGGAUUAUUCGCAACAUGCAUUUUUCCCUGGCGCCCCGCCAUACCAGUUCAUGGGACCCCAAGUCCCGUUAACUCCCUCGCAUUCCAACUCCGUAGCCUCAGAGGACUUCAAAACCUCGUCGCCUCCGGAAAUAUUUGAGCGAUAUCCCAACGGCAUUCCUCCCGAACAGUAUCAAAACUACGAUGGAUAUGUCCGAUUCAAUGCUGGACAAGCUUUUCCGGGGCCACCGACGCCGCCGGGACAGCUCGGUGCUGCGGGAGUCCCCGGCAGCGGCACUGCCCAGCAGUCUGGUCCCACCUCUGAGAUCACAAAGAACGACUCCGACGACCUCGAUGCGAGCCGUAGGCAGGGCUCGAACUCCGAGGAGGAUGACCUGACCCCGGCCCAAUCGAGGCGGAAAGCCCAGAACCGUGCAGCUCAACGUGCAUUCCGAGAACGCAAGGAACGCCAUGUCAAGGAUCUCGAAAGCCGGCUACACAAUCUCGAGCAGGCACAGACCGAGGCCGCGACGGAGAACGAGCGCCUGAAGCGCGACCUGCAAAAGAUGGAAACCGAGAACGAGAUCCUGCGAGCGACAUCGAUGGCCGGCGGUAACUCCGGGUCGCCCGCUGCGGCCGCACCCACCACCACCGGCCCGAUGCAGUACAGCCCCACCGACUUCUACAGCAACGUCCUCCAGGGCCAUGCCAACAAGUCACCCAGCCACAGGAUAGUCACGAGCGAGAAGGGAGAGCGUUUGCUUGCGGCAGGCGCCGCGUGGGGAGUUAUUGUCAACCACGAGCUGUUCAAACGGGGGCUUGUCGAUGUUAGCGUGGUCAGUGAGCGGCUGAGGUCCCAGGCUAAGUGUGAUGGCCAGGGACCUGUGUUUGAGGAGGGCGCCAUUCUCCAAGCCAUUGAGGAGAGCGUGGGGGAGAACAGCGAUGAGUUGAUAUAA